AUGCCGAGCACAACAAGCUUAGAUCCAGAGUUUCAAAAUUGGAAUGGAAGAAAUCGCAAAAUGACUCACGGAAUAAUCUCACAUAAUGUGGAGUCUAACACAUCUAAUUUGGAUAUAUACCAGGAAGAGUCGGAGACUCGAAGUUUUGCUUCAUCAGUAACCCCCACAUCUCCUGCAGAAACCAUAUCAUUGAAAGAGAAGGAAGAAAAUGAAUUCCUGGAUUCAAAGCAUAGAGAAACAGUUAGAAAAGAGAUAAUCAAAAAUAUCAAGAAGUCUCGAGAUCAAGAGUUACUCUCAACUCCCGAGAAUACUAUUCCUAAGAUUUCCAUAUCACUAAAUAAGAAUGUUCCCAUAUCUGAAGCAGAGAAGUCAUUACUUUAUAAAGAUCUAAAUAUUCAAGAUACAAAGCUUUCUUCUUCAGAAUCUAAAUCGUCUAUUAUCUUUUCAUCCAAUCAGAAACAAAGUGCUAUUUCUUCCAAAAUAAAAAUUUCCUAUAAUCAAAAGGAUGAACAAGGUUUAAUAUGUGAGUUAUCUACAUUUAUUAAUGAGAAAAGCCUUUUGAAUUCCAUACCUGAUAGACAAAUUCUUGAAAACAUGCUAGAUGGAGAUGAUUCAACUUCAGGUUCUGCAUCACAUUUG